AGUCACUCCUGCUUCCAGUAAACAUGUGCAGCUUCAAAUCGAACACAGCCUGCUGCCUUCUCUCCUUUCAAAACGUCCACACGUGUCAAAAACACUUGCGAGGAUAAGCCAGUCAUAGACUAUACAUUUUAGCCAGUAAUCAAUCGGAACAUGUUCGUUGAAGAAGAGGAAUGGAACGAUGACCCAGACGCCGAAGCUCUAACGCGUGCAGUAAUCCGUGGCACUGAGCGAUUGGACAGCGCGAAUGUAACGCCGAAGGGGGUUGGCAAGAGGAGCCUGCUGCGGACCCUCCAGACUCUGGGUUCGGCUCCCAAGUGGACCAAUGGCUCGCUCCGAGAGCGCAGCGGCAGCGACAGCGAGGGCGAGGCCGUCCCCUCUUCCUCCAAGAGGAAGAAGAAGAGAAGCAAAAAGCGAAAGAGGGCUCGAGGGGCCGGGAACGAGGGAGAGGAGAAGGGGAAACGAGAGGGCGAGGAGGAAGAUCCGGGGGCGGUCGUGGCCAAAAAGAAACGACCCAAGGAAGCAAAAUCCACCAAUGCGGGAAAGCCCGAGCUUGUGAGGGACAGGCAGAGCGAAGAUCCGCGUCCAGAGACGACGGACGCGGGCGGAAGCAAACUGUCCCGACAGCAGUGGCGGAACCGGUCGAAGAUGAAGAGAAAGUCCAAGAACAAGUUUCGGCCGCGGGACGACGAGACGACGGCGAGCGCCCAGAAAGCGGACCCCGAGGCGCCGGAGCCGGGGGCGGGCGAAUCGGAGGCGGCGGCGGCGGCGCCUUCCGUUCCCGACGGAGAGGAACGAACCGUCCGGGCGCAGACGCCGAAGGGCGAAAAAAACGCCACGGCGCGGAAGGGGGCGAAGCGGAAAGAGGGAGGGAAGGAGGAGAGCGGCGUCCGUCUCGCAGACGCCCGGCCUGGCACCGACAAGAAGCGGAAGAGAGAAAACAGAAAAGCGACGCUCGGGGACGGAUCGGAGGGGACGGCGGGAUCUUCAGGCACAGCUGCGGAGCCGGAGGAGGGGGGUAAGCCUGGGACAGAGACAGGGGAGACCCUGGGCCCUGAGCCGGACGUGCGGAUGAAGCCGCGGGAGAGCAGAGAGAAGAGGAUGCUGGCGGAGAAGCUGCGCCGCAUGCUGCACGGCGGCGGCUCCGGCGACAAGGCGCGCUCCGCCGAGCAGGAGGAGGAGGAAGACGGGGAAACGGAGCAGAAGGAGGACGGCGCGGGCGAGGCGACGGCGGCGGACGAGAGCGUCCCGGAUCGGUCGAGCGCCCUGCGGGCCAGGAUGGAGCAGCGCCUGGAGUCGGCGCGGUUCCGCUACCUGAACGAGCAGCUGUACACCUGCAGCAGCCGCGAGGCCCGGCGCAUGUUCCUGCGGGACCCGCAGGCCUUCGGGGUCUACCACCGCGGCUACACCGCGCAGGUGCAGCGCUGGCCCGUCAACCCCGUGGACGCCAUCAUCUCCUACAUCAAGCACAAGCCCGCCUCCCUGGUGGUGGCAGACUUUGGCUGCGGCGACUGCAAGAUCGCGCGCAGCGUGAAGAACGAGGUGCACAGCUUCGACCUGGCGCCCGUCUGCGACCUGGUCACCGUCUGCGACAUGGCCCACGUCCCUCUGGGCAAUGCCACCGUGGACAUCGCUGUGUUCUGCCUCUCUCUGAUGGGCACCAACCUGGCGGACUUCCUCGUCGAGGCCAACCGCGUGCUGGUGAUGGGGGGCACGCUGAAGAUCGCGGAGGUGGCCAGCAGGUUCGAGAACGUCCGGGGCUUCGCGGGAGCGCUCUCGGGCCUGGGCUUCAAGCUGGUCGCGAAGGAAACGGAGAACAGCCACUUCUACUCGUUCGAGUUCGUGAAGACGGGCGGGGCGGCGGACCGUCACGGGAGGGCGGGGCUGGAGCUGAGGCCGUGCGUCUACAAGAAGCGCUGAGCGGCGACGACGGCAGCCAUGAUGGAGGGAUGAAACGGAGAGAGAGAGAGCGAGGGAAGGACAGACGGACGGAUGGAGGAGAGAAGGGAAGGGCAGCAGUGGGGGGGGGGGGGGGGGGGACACGGAGCCGUCUGGACGUGGGGCAGACGUUAAAACCGCCCGACCCCCCCCAGCGGUUCCCCUCCCAUGACCAGACGGCAACACAGAGAGAGAGAGAACGAUUCAAGCCCCGUCGAUCAGCCCUGCCUUUCACAAACCUUCUGUCACAGACCUGCAGCUUUAAAUAUGAUGCUCAUAAAAGGACAGCCUGUUUACAGCUGGUUUUUGAAUCACCCCCAGAUUCUUACGUGCAGGAACUAUUUUCACACUCUUUAUUUGUUAUUAAUAUCAUUGGUGGUAUUGUGAUUUUUCAAAAAGCUUUUAAAUAAAUUCUUAUUCAAAGUA